AUGGUAGGCAUUGGAGGAGGCGCCCCGACGCUAGAAAGGGACAUUAGACUUGGCGAUGUGGUCGUCAGUACACCGCACAAUGGGUUGGGCGGCGUGGUACAAUACGACAUCGGAAAACUUUUACCUGGUGGUCGGUUCAAACAAACAGGUCAGCUGAACGCUCCUCCAGAAGUAUUGCUUGGGGUGCUUCCAGAGCUGCAACGCCGUCAAAACGAUCCUCGGAAGCCUGACCGACUGGCCGAGCAUCUGCAGCGAAUGGAAGACAUGCGGGACUAUCAACGCCCGAACCACGAUCGGUUGUAUCGUACCGACUACAGCCAUCAGGGCGGCGGGAAGAAUUGCGACCUGUGUGGAACAGAUAAAUUGGUACAGCGCCCAGAGCGUCAGGGUCGCCGUGCAGUUACCCUUCAUUAUGGGACAAUUGCUUCCGGCAACUCUGUCAUCGAGGACGCGAUGGCGCGAGACAGGUACGCCAAUGAUCCCGAGUUGAAUAUUCUGUGUUUUGAGAUGGAAGCGGCGGGCUUGAUGAACAAUUUGCCUUGCCUUAUUAUCCGAGGUGUCUGCGAUUAUUCGGAUUCGCACAAGAACGAUGACUGGCACAAAUACGCGGCGCUCACAGCGGCGGCAUACGCUAGAGAAUUGCUUCUCGUUCUGAAGCCCACCAAGGUCGAUGUCAUGCCUCCAUGGGUUGCUAAAUUGGAUGAUGUCGCCGAAACUGUGGUCAGGACAAACGCCAUGGUAGAAAGCCUACAGCAACGGCAACGAGUUCGAGAGCAUCAAGCCAUACUUGACUGGCUUACUCCCAUUGAUUAUUCCUCUCAGCAAGAUGAUUUCAUCGCCAGGCGACAAGAAGGGACCGGGGAAUGGCUAUUAAGCUCAAAUGAAUUCAAACUUUGGCUCGAAAAAAGCAACCUGACGCUUUUUUGCCCAGGCAUACCGGGAGCGGGCAAGACAAUAAUCACUUCUAUCGUUAUCAACCACCUCCAUAACGAGUUUCGAAAUGACCCUACCAUCGGCAUUGCAUACCUAUAUUGUAACUACCGGCAACAGCACGAGCAAAAGCCCAUUGGAUUGGUCCUCAGCUUGCUGAAGCAGUUGCUUCAGGAACAGCGCUCCAUACCUGAAGGUGUUAGGAACCUUUACAUGUACCAUAGCCCAAAGAAAACUCGCCCUUUACCUGAUGAAAUCUUAAAGGAGCUCCACUCUGUCACUGCUUCUUAUUCAAGGGUCUUCAUCUUAGUUGAUGCGUUAGAUGAAUGCGGAAUUUCCGAUGAAGGAUGCAGUAUUUUCCUGUCACAUAUCUUCAGUCUUCAGGCCAAGUCCAGGGCAAAUAUCUUCGCAACCUCGCGGUUCAUCCGGACCAUCGAAAACGAGUUCGAGGGAAGAAGUAUACAACGCGAGAUUCGUGCCAGUUACUCAGACGUGCAGAAGUAUCUUACAGGAAGGCUGGAGAAUUUCCGACCAAUGGUCUCAAAGGACCCGUCUCUCCAGGGAGAAAUCAAGAGUAGGAUUGCAAAGGCAGUUAACGGAAUGUUUCUCCUUGCACGGCUCUACGUCGAUUCUCUAGCCUAUAAGACAACACCUAAGGCUAUAAGACUUGCCCUGAAUGAUCUGGAGAUAGAUUCAACAACCACAAGCGACAGCAGGAAAUCUAGAGCUCUAGAUCGCGCUUAUACGCAAGCUAUGGAUCGAAUUAAUGCUCAGGCGGCAGAACUCAAAGAACUUGCCCGACAGGUCCUAUCAUGGAUCACCUGCGCCAAAAGGGCCUUAACUUCUUCGGAGCUCCAACAUGCUCUAGCGGUUGAGGUUAGUGAGCCUAGGCUCGAUAGAGAGAAUAUCCCUUAUAUCGAAGAUAUGGUGUCCGUAUGCGCUGGAUUGGUCACUGUUGACAAAGAAAGUGACAUCGUCCGCUUAGUCCACUAUACAACACAGGAAUACUUUGAGCGGACCUCUAGUACGUGGUUUCCUAAUGCUCACGCCGAUAUCACGAAAACAUGCGUUACCUACCUGUCGUUUGAUAUUUUUGGAACUGGUCCCAGUCCGUCCGAGACGGAUUUUAAGGCAAGAGUACAGUCGAACAUUCUCUAUCCCUAUGCUGCACAAAAUUGGGGAGACCAUGCGCGCAUAUCUUCAAUUGGGGCGGAAACGUUAAUUCUAGAUUUUCUUGAGAGUGAGACUAAAGUAUCAGCCUGCAUCCAGGCUAUGACUGCACGUCGAGGUUACUUGGACUAUAAUUCAACGCAGAUAACUGGAAUACACUUAGCAGCAUUCUUCGGACUGCAGGAAUCAAUGACAGCUUUACUCGAUAGGAAGCAUGACCCAAACUGCAUGGACAUCGCAUAUCGGACAACACUAUCAUGGGCUGUGUGGAACAGGCAUAAGGGGGUAGUGAAGGUGCUUCUUGACAGGGGUGCCGACAUUGAGUCCAAGGACAAGAUUAAUGGUCAGACGCCGCUUUUAUUGGCUGUGAGGAAUAGACAUGAGGGGGCAGUGAAGCUGCUGCUUGACAAGGGUGCCAACAUUGAGUCUAACGAUAUUUUUGGCCAGACGCCACUGUCAUGGGCUGCAGAGAAGGGGCAUGAGGAGAUAGUGAAGCUGCUUCUUGGCAGGGGUGCCGACAUCGAGUCCAAGGACAAGAUUGAUGGUCAGACGCCACUGUUAUCAGCUGCACAGAAGGGGCAUGAGGAGAUAGUGAAGCUACUGCUUGACAAGGGGGCUGAUUUUACAGUUGUUGAUUCUUGUAAUAGCGACAGGACUGUCAUGUCUUGGGCGAUGGAGCAUCGGUUGAGAACUAUUGCCGGACUCCUGAUAAACAAAGGCGAUGAGGUUGACCAGAGCGACAAGUACGGUAGGAAAGUGAUUUCUUGGGCAGCCGCACAUGGCCACAGCGAUAUCGUCAAGUUGCUGCUUGAUAAGGGUGUUGACUGUGCGGAGGAAGGGCAUCCUGGUGGAUCUCCUUUGUGGUGGGCAACAGAGAAUGGACAUUCACAUAUUAUCAAGCUCCUGAUAGGUCUUCGGCUGCAGAUGCAGGGAAUGGUGGUGCGGCUCGACGCAAUGAAUCUUGACGGCGCCAAGGCCAUUCUGUGCCAUGCGUUCAGCAUUAACCUCGAGUGGGCGUCGACAGCCGAGGAGAUGAGGCCGACGGGGUUCUACAUCGGGAUGGACAAGAUGGUGAGGCGGUUCAAGUGGACGUGGACGAUCUGUGCGGUUCUGUCGGGUGGUAAACUAGCUGAUGUAUGCAGAAACGAGGUAGGCUGA